AUGCCGGGUCGGGCAGUAUCAGAGGACGGGUGGUACUCUCCAUCGCCCAGUGUCGAGUCGUCCGAGCUGUCAUCCCAUGGCUUCGCUUGCUUCUUUAUGACGAUCGACCUCACCUUUCAGCAACUGCACGCGAUGGAGACAUCGAUGCAAGCAUGGCAGCAGGGAGUGGUGCACCGUGACUUUGGCAGAAUCAUCAAAACGGACUACUUCUGGGUCCUCUUGUGCAAAAUGUAUACGAUUAUGGACAGCAUUCGCCAAAUCAAAUCGUGCUAUAAACCCUCCAGUACGACCGAGGACUGCAAGCUACUCAAAGAGGACUUCUUCCAGAUGAUGAGCAAUCAGACAUACUACCAUAUCGAAUCCAUCGAAUGCUUCAUUGGCCCCAUCCCAAACGAUCUCAACAUACGGGUCACGCUCGCUCCCGAGCACUUCAUCGUUGAAGUCAUCACGGACUGUCUGCUGCACUUUGAGCCAGACAAAGAUCUCAACCCCGCUCGAUCACUGUACAAUGAGUCGGUCGCUCAGAUGAGCGCUGCCGUUCCCCAGCCCACUGCAUCGGCCGAGCACCCGGCAUAUCACUACAAGGUCAAGAUGACCUGUGGGGGAUGUUCAGGCGCGAUUGAGCGGGUCCUGAAGAAGAAUGUGGAAGCGCCCAACGCGUUCCAUGUCUCCCUACCCACCCAGACCGUCCUGGUAUGGGGCGACUCCCUUGCCCCUUUCGACACAAUUACCGAGAAGAUCGCCAAGACGGGCAAGGAGAUACAGAGCAAGGAGGAAGUGCGGGACGCGGCCCAGCUGCCGGCGCUGGCAGCAUAG